AUGAAGCAGCCCAGCCCAGAGAGGACCGAAUUUCCCCAAACCUGUCUGAACUCCGAGGGGGAACAAGAGGCCAGCAAGGGCAGGAGGCAGGACUUGCUGGACACUGUGGAGGAGGUGGAUGGAUGCAGGAUGGCGAACCUGAAAGAAAGGGGCACCUUCCUCACCCGCCCCCUGCCCGGAGGCAUGCUGCCUGUCAGCUGCGAGGGCACUGGGCGUUGGAUUCCCUGGAAGAAGAGCCUGGCAUUGCACAAGGGAUUUGUCCGAGGAGAGCUCUCAGGUGCAGUCCUUAAAGAUGUGAAGGCCGUGGAGACCAACCUGGCUUCCAAGGACAGCCACUGGGUCUUUGUGAACGAGGAAAUCAGUGACCCAGAGAUCUUGGAUCUGGUCCACAGUGCCCUUGGCAGGAUGACCGUGGUCCGGCAAAUCUUCCCGUCUGCAAAGGACAACCAGAAGUGCAUGAGGAACAACCACCGCAUCUCCUCCCUGCUCUGUGACCCCCAGGAAGGCUACCUCCAGAUGCUGCAGAUCUCCAACCUCUACCUGUACGACAGCGUUCUGAUGCUGGCCAACGCCUUCCACAGGAAGCUGGAGGACCGGAAGUGGCACAGCAUGGCCAGCCUCAACUGCAUACGCAAGUCCACCAAGCCAUGGAACGGAGGGAGGUCCAUGCUGGACACGAUCAAAAAGGGCCACAUCACGGGCCUCACAGGGGUGAUGGAGUUUCGGGAGGACAGCUCGAAUCCCUACGUCCAGUUUGAAAUCCUUGGCACAACCUAUAGCGAGACCUUUGGCAAAGACAUGCGCAAGCAUGAGCCGAUGGUGGGGGUGCCGGUAGGGGCAGUGGUGACUGCCCAGGGCCUGGCCAACCCAGGUGGCUCGGAUGCACACGCCCACAGAGAGCCUGUACUGGAGGCCCGUGUGCUGUCGGGGCCAGAGAUGGGAGCACUCAUGGUGCAAAGGUGCCACGGGGGCUCUGUGUUCUGA